CUUUGGCUCUCUGUCUUCGCUGCCCCCCCGCUCGCGUCUUCUACAGAUAGGUAACAUAUAGGCGGAGAGGGAAGAGCCGAUUUCUCUCUCUCUCUCUCUCUCUCUCUCUCUCUCGCGUUGUUGGCUUCGCUCGGAAGCUAUCGCCACCUCGGAGCGCUUGAUCCAGGCGAAUUCUUGCCGCCAGAUCCGUCUGCCGCCGGGCGAUCGAAGGGGGAAGGCGGGGAGAGGGGCUUUGGUGUAAAUCUUUGUGUUCUUCUCGGCUUCGUUUGUGAAAACGGCCCGGGAGGAGGCGUUCAUGAGUUCCCAGCUCAAGCGGCCCAACAUAUCUCGAGCGGAUCCCUCUGGGCAAACCCACAUGGCGCCGGCACCGGCGGCCGGUAGUGCUCCGAAGCUGACGACAAGCGAUGCCCUUGCCUAUUUGAAAGCUGUGAAGGAUAUAUUUCAGGACAAAAGGGAAAAAUACGAUGAAUUUCUUGAAGUCAUGAAGGACUUCAAGAGCCAAAGAAUUGAUACGAACGGGGUUAUUGUGAGGGUGAAGGAACUGUUUAAGGGGCAUCGAGAUCUGAUCCUAGGCUUUAACACCUUCUUGCCCAAGGGGUAUGAGAUCAAGCUUCCCGAGGAAAAGAGGCCUGUCGAAUUCGAAGAGGCCAUUAAUUUUGUAAACAAAAUAAAGAAUCGUUUCCAGAACGAUGAACAUGUUUACAAGUCAUUCUUGGAUAUUCUGAAUAUGUAUAGGAGGGAGAACAAAUCUAUCCAGGAAGUCUAUCAGGAGGUAGCGGCUCUCUUUCAGAAUCAUCAUGAUCUAUUGGAGGAAUUCACACACUUUCUGCCUGAUGCCUCAGCAACAGUGGCUUCACAACAUGGAGCACCUGCUAGACCCUUUAUUCGUCCUGAAAGGAGCUCUGUGAUGCCUACAAUGAGGCAUGCUCAUGGGGAUAAGAGGGAAAGAACUUAUAACUCACAUGCUGAUCGCGACCUUAGUGUCGACUGUCCUGAUCCAGAGCACGACAGGCAAAGGAGACGUUCUGAAAAGGAAAAAGAUAGGAAAGAAGAUAGAGACAAAAGAGAUCGUGAGCGGGAUGAGAAGGAUUUAGAACAUGAUAGCAGAGAUUUGGACAACACACAGCGCAGACGUAAACUUUCUAGUAGAAGGGUAGAUGACUCUGUUGGCGAGCACUUGCAUCAUGGUGGGGAAGCUGCUGAAAACUUUGGAACAUAUAGCAUUUCAGCUUCAUCUUUUGAUGAUAAGAAUGCUUUGAAGAGUAUGUACACUCAAGAAUUUAAUUUCUGUGAAAGAGUAAAGGAGAAGUUGCAUCCUGAAACAUACCAGGAGUUCUUGAAAUGCCUUCACAUAUACAGCAAGGAAAUUAUUACCAGAACUGAACUGAAGAAUUUGGUGAGUGAUAUCCUUGAAAAGUAUCCAGAUCUUAUGGAUGGUUUCAAUGAAUUUUUGGCCCAUUGUGAGAACAUAGAUGGAUUUCUUGCAGGCGUGUUCAAUAAAACAUCAUUGCGGAAUGAAGGACAUGUGGCUAGACCAGUUAAGCUAGAGGAUACAGACAGAGACAGGGAGCAUGAAAGGGAUGAGAGGGAGAGAGACCAUGAAAGGGAAAGAGUUGACAAAGGUGCUGCCUAUAAUUCUAAAGACAUGGCAUCUCAGAAGACUCCUUUCUACUCAAACAAGGAAAAAUAUAAUUUAUGCAAGCCAAUUUCAGAGCUUGACCUCUCAAACUGUCAGCGAUGUACCCCCAGUUACCGUCUUCUCCCAAAAAAUCAUCCAAUUCCUCCUUCGAGCCACAGGACUGACCUUGGUGCAUCAAUACUGAAUGAUGUCUGGGUAUCGGUGACAUCUGGAAGUGAGGAUUAUUCUUUUAAGCACAUGCGCAAAAACCAAUAUGAAGAAAGCUUAUUUAGAUGUGAAGAUGAUAGAUUUGAGCUGGAUAUGUUAUUGGAGUCAGUGAAUGUGACUACUAAGCAUGUUGAGGAAUUGCUAGAAAAGAUUCAGGACAAUACAAUCAAACCGGAGAGUCCAAUUCGCAUUGAAGACCAUUUUACUUCGCUAAACUUGAGAUGCAUCGAAAGAUUAUAUGGUGAUCAUGGCUUGGAUGUGAUGGAUGUUCUACGCAAAAAUGCGAGUCUUGGAUUGCCUGUCAUAUUAACUCGUCUGAAGCAAAAGCAAGAGGAAUGGUCAAGAUGUCGGGCUGAUUUCAAUAAAGUUUGGGCUGAAAUUUAUGCCAAGAACUAUCACAAAUCGCUUGAUCAUCGUAGUUUCUAUUUCAAGCAACAGGACACAAAGAGCUUGAGCACGAAAGCUUUGUUGUCUGAGAUCAAAGAAAUUAAUGAGAAGAAACGGAAAGAGGAUGAUGUGCUUCUUGCUAUUGCCGCUGGAAAUCGGCGGCCUAUAGUCCCCAAUAUGGAAUUUGAGUAUGUGGAUUCAGAUAUUCAUGAAGACCUGUAUCAGAUCAUUAAGUAUUCAUGUGGAGAAGUUUGUGCAUCCUCAGACCAAUUGGACAAAGUAAUGAGAAUAUGGACAAGCUUUUUGGAGCCAAUGUUGGGUGUUCAACCUCGGCCUCAAGGUGCAGAGGAUACUGGGGAUGUGGUGAAACCUAAGACUCGUGCUGUCAAAAAUAGUAUGGCGAAUGUUGGGGAAAGCAAUAGCAGCCCUGGCACCGAUGGUGCUGCCGCUGCCAAGCAAAGUAAUGGUGAUGAAAGCGUUCCACCAGAACAAGCAGUUUCAUGCAGGGUGAGGUUGGCAAAUGGGGAUGCAGCAGUUACUGAUAAUGGUUUUCAUGAUGUUGAUCGCACUGCUCGCCGAGGUGAUAAUCUCUCUGGUGCUCCACUUCAUGGAAGGGUGCAGGGCAAUGCUCACACAGCUGAUGAAGUGUCUGGGGCAACUGUGCAAACUGCUUCUACUGAGAAGUUGACAGAUAAUGUUUCUCCUGCUGGUAGAGCUGAACCAGGUCAUACUAGAAGCAACCUAGAAAUUACCUCAGGUGUUAGUGCUCCAACUUCAAAAGCUGCUCAGUCUGGAAAUGAGACGGCAGUUGAGCUCCGAUCUAGUAAUGAAGUUUUACCUUCUUCAAAGGGAGGGGACGGUGGGAGGCCAAAUAGACCUGCAAAUGGUGGUUGCCCCGCUGAAAGUAACAAAUUGCAUGGACUUGGUGAAGGUUCUGCUGUCCAUAAUAACUUUAAAGUUGAGAGGGAAGAGGGUGAAUUAUCACCUAAUGGAGAUUUUGAAGAGGAUAAUUUUGUAGCUUUUGAAGAUGCUGCUAUGGGUGCAUCACCGAAACCAAAGGACAGUUCUGCUAGCAGACAGUACCAAGUCAGACCUGGAGAAGUGGAGGCCUGUUGCGGCGAGGCAGCGGGAGAAAAUGAUGCAGAUGCUGAUGAUGAGGGCGAGGAAAGUGCUCAAAGGUCUACAGAGGACAGUGAAAAUGCGUCAGAGGCUGGUGAGGAUGUUUCAGGCAGUGAAUCUGGUGAUGGGGAGGAGUGUUCUCGUGAAGAUCAUGAGGAAGAAGAGGAAGAUGCAGAUCGUGAUGAUCAGGAUGCUAAGGCUGAAAGCGAGGGUGAAGCUGAAGGAAUGGCUGAUGCAAACGAUGCUGAGGGAGAAAUAACGUCAAUGCCAUUUUCAGAACGUUUUCUACAUACAGUUAAGCCUCUUGCAAAACAUGUACCUGCUGCCUUACGUGAUAAGGAAGAUAAAUGCUCGCGGAUCUUUUAUGGAAAUGAUUCAGUUUAUGUGCUGUUUAGGCUUCAUCAGACUUUGUAUGAGAGAAUACUCUCAGCAAAGACAAAUUCAUCAGCUGCUGAAAAGAAAUGGAGGACUUCGAAGAAUACAAGCCCUCCAGACUUAUACGCCAAAUUUAUGAGUGCACUUUACAACCUACUCGAUGGUUCUGCUGACAAUACCAAGUUUGAAGAUGAUUGCCGUUCUAUCAUUGGGACACAAUCAUAUGUACUUUUCACAUUGGAUAAGUUGAUAUAUAAAGUUGUUAAGCAGCUUCAAGCAAUUGCCUCAGAUGAAAUGGACAAGAAGCUUCUUCACCUCUAUUUAUAUGAAAAGUCAAGGAAACCCGGAAAUUUUUCAGAUCUAGUUUAUCAUGAAAAUGCUCGUGUCCUCCUUCAUGAUGAAAGUAUAUAUCGUUUUGAGCGUACUUCAAAUCCGACUCAAUUAUCUAUCCAACUAAUGGAAUACGGACAUGAAAAGCCUGAAGUGACCGCUGUUUCUAUAGAUCCUAAUUUUUCAGCUUAUCUGUAUAAUGAUUUUUUGUCAAAUGCUUCAGAUCGAAAGGGUACACAUGAUGUCUUCCUGAAAAGGAAUAAACGCAAAUUUGGAAGCGACGAUGAGUAUCCUACCACUUGCAAGGUGAUGGAUGGGAUUCAAGUUGUCAAUGGCUUGGAAUGCAAGAUAUCAUGCAAUUCCUCUAAGGUGUUCAGUCUAUAUAUUCAUGUUUCUUAUGUUCUAGAUACAGAAGAUUUCUUAUUUCGUGUGAGAAAGAAGAGGAGAUGUUCCAAGGGAGGCACUGCAUCUAUCCAAGACCUAUUCACUAGAGCGUAUGAUGUAAAAAGACAGCGAUUUCAACAGUUCCUGUCCAAAUCUUAACAUGACAUUCUCAUAAGAAAGUGUACCUUUAUGUCACUGGCUGAGAGAGCGGGCACUAAUAUAGCAGGGCGCUUGGCUGCAGCUAAGCAAUGGAUGUCGGAGUGCAGCUGGCUUCCUCUCACUCCCUGUUUUGCUCUCUUUGAAAUAACAGCUGGGAAAAUUUCUAGUCCACAUGCCAACAAAGCUUGUAACCUGGUUCUAUUUGGUUCCUGGAGCCACAAAUGUGUAUAUAUCUAUGACCUGCGAAUUUGUUUGUUAGAUUCAGAUACUGCUAGUCGCCCUUUGUAUCUCUGAGGCACUUGCUUUUCAGGGUGGCAGCCAUCCUUCUGCCAUGGCCGAUUAAAUGAAAUGUUUUUUGUAAUCUGAGCACUGUUCUGGAGAAAAGUGGUCUUGGGUAGUCUUGUAGGUCAUCUGGUGUUCAUUUGUAAAUGUGAGGCUCGUGUAAGUCAUUCUAAGAUAGCUCCAAAAGGGGGAACAGCUCCCAGUGGGCUACAUUCAAAAUGUAUUGGCUGGUCUAGGUCCUGUGAAGAGUUUCUGAGUCUAGAUUUUAAUAGGCAUUAAAUUAACACUUUCUUGCGGCAUAUGGAUUUGCUCAAAGCGACCAAUCUCCGUGCGUAGCAUGCUGGAUGAGUAGGAUCAUGUGUGAUGUGGCUGUGUAAUUUGUAGAAGCUAUGGAGAAUCCUUGAUGGUUAUGGCACAACUGCUAUAGCUUUAUAUAAUGACAUUAUUUGGCUAUAGUAGGGCUGGAACUUGAGAAUUACUUUUUUA